GAGAUCGUUCCGUUCGGCGUGGCUCGGUACAACGUGCCGUGCCCGUGCCAGUCGGGAAACAGCAUUGUACCAAGUGCCGCGUCUCAAUUUCAGUAGGAGCAACUGGGCCACGUCUCCACGGUAAACACGCUACAAAAACUCACAUCAAAGGAAUGUAAUCUCCAUACGAAUGACCGAUCUUCUGCCCGUGUACGACGCUUUCCAAUACCAACUACUAUUUGGCUACGUGACCACGGGAGAAGUUCGCACCGGCGUUUUUUCGAGCGCCCGAAGAGGUCGAAGACCAGGCUUCUGUAAUCGAUGGGUUGAGAACGAGAAAUUCGUGCUUUCUAGCUUUUUCUUUCUCACGUUGUAACCAAGGUGUGUGUAUAGCUUACCGAUGAGCCAUGCUGAAGGUAGUAGGAGCCUCCUGGCUGCAGACACGUAUCUCCACCUACAUCCUCGUCGCCGUUGCUCUCCUGGGAAUUGGAGCGAUAAUACUCGGCGAGUUUGGACACGUUGAACAAGAUGGCACUUAUUCGGCUACCGUGUCGUGGAAUCGAAAAGGUGGCUACCGCAUCGACUUCUGGGGCCAAGGCAACGAUUUAACCGCAGUGCCGUUGCACGCUGCCCGUGCUUAUUAUAAAACUGGAAUUUUCGAACACGGGUGGUCCUACAUCGAAAUUGAAACGUCUUCGAAGUACCCGGAUACCGUACAGGCCUACGCCGCCGGUCUAUUGGAAGGCAGCCUGACUUGGCAAUUGAUCCAUCAUCAUUGGUACAACACCGUCAGGGCGGCAUGCGAGGAAAAAUUUGCCGAGUGCCGAAAGUUGUCGCAAUACCUUCGGGAAAAUACCAUCAUGAUUCGCCAACGCGUCGAACUGUUGAGCUCCACGGAUCCUUUUUGGCAUAUGAUACGAUUAUUUUACAUGCAAUUGGACGGUUUGGAAGCUGGCUGGAAGUUCGCCGUACGCAGAAGCCGCGUGUCCGUAUCGUUGGAUUCCGACGAUUUUCUUUGGCUCGCCCUGGCUUCCGACAUGCCCGGUUUCCAGCGGCUGUACAACGUAUCGAACCUACCCCUGAGCUCUAUGAUCUACUUGAAAUCAUUACCGCGGGACAAGUCGGAACCGUUGAUCGCGAUCGGUCACAACACUGCUACCUCCUACGCCAAAAUGUUGAAACUGUUGAAGAAAUACACGUUCGGAUAUCACGUGUUGCCUGCCACGAAAACUGCCGCACCAACACCUUCGCGAUCGAUCGUAAUGUCAUCUUAUCCUGGAGCUUUGUCGUCCGGCGACGAGUUUUAUUCGAUGCAUGGUCAAGACCGUAAAUUUGUUGUGACCGGGACAUCUCUUUUGGCGACAAACUACGGCAAAUGGAGCUUCUUGUACCCAGCGGAUCAUGUGAUGCUAUCGGCGAGAUUAAUGGCGGCGCAUCGUUUAGCAACGAGCGGGCAAUCGUGGUUCGAAUGUAUAUCUCAUCAAAACGGGGGAGCUUCCGCGUUCCAGUGGGUCAUCUAUGAACCGCGUUCUUCGGUCAUGCUGUUGGUGGAGCAGCUACCGAGCUUGACCGUCGCUAUGAAUUAUACCGAGGAGUUCAAGGAAGCCGGUUACCUAUCUUACACCGGUAUAUCGAAUUUCCCGGAUGUCAACGACAUCGUACGACCCGUCGGAAAGGAUAUAAACGACGACUGGAACGAUCAUUUCGCGCGUUUACAAAAGAACAUCAGCUCGUACGAGCAAUUUCGUAACACGAUGCGUGGAUGCAGCCAGGAUGAUUGCGCUACCGAGACACAAAAUUCCAAACUCGAUCCACUGCAGGAAUUAGUGUACCGCGGCGAUUUGGAAAUUGAGCCGGUACCAUACGGUAUCGUAGAUAGCAAAAUUUUAACCGUCGAUAGCGACGGUCAUGAAGCUUUCGAAACAAUUGCAGGACCAACGACGCAACGAUCGAGACCACCUUUCAAAUGGUCGGAAAAGUUUCCUAAUAUUUCACACAUGGGACACCCGGAUUGUUUCGCUUUCGAAAGCGUCACUCACAGAUGGGUAUGGGUCUAAAUAUUCUUGUCGUUUAGUUCUACAUUCCCCAUCGUUUCGAAAGCAAUCUUUUCUGGAAAUAUUACAACAUUUUAACGCGUAAAGAUUACAUUCUGUCCACUUCCUGCGGUGAAUCACAAUUUCCUUCGAAUGAAAUUUCAAACAAUUACGUUUGUACAUACAUAUUCGUUAUAUACAUAUUUUUAUAUAAGAUAAGCUGGCUCUUAUGUUAGCCACCCUUGGUGACAUUUCAUGAAAUAAAAGAAAAAUCAUAUACA